UGCAACCACCUGCGUCUACUUCUGUGUGUUUCUGCUAUUAGCUCUGGUUGUCCGUAUGCGCAGCCAUUUUAUGCUGGUUUUGAAUUUCUGCAGAUUUCAUCAGGCGUUCGGGCCCGGUUUGUUGAUGUCAUCUUCCGGCUCCACCUUGUAGUUCAACACAACAACAAACUUAUUUAAAGCAGCAGAUUAGGUCGUUGCAGCUCUUCUUCCCGCACGGUUCGCCGUUGUGCUUCUUGAUGGAAGGAAAGAAGUGGUCAACACCGUCACGGUAUGCAAGAUGGUGGGGCCAUGGCCAAGCCGCAGGCGACCCAGGAUCCGGCACAGGGCUAUGCAGUUACCUGUGGAGGGCGUCGCGGUCGCCGCAAGGGCGACUUCGACAGUAAAGACGCGUGGCCCGACGUCGAGACCAAAACUGGGUGUCACGUAGGAAGGACAUCGUUCGACCCGACGGCCACUGCGGCUCCGGCGCGGCGACAGCAGGCCCAAGCGGCUGUGCGAAGGACUCCCACUGACGCCAGCUCUAUGCUGUUGCUCUAUCCAUCUGGGGGCCGUGGAAGCUGUGCCGCCUGUCGACGGAGGCAGCUACCGGAUGCAGCUGGUAAGCCGGCAAAGCAGAUCGGAGGUGGACGUCCUUCUGCAGCGAGGAGGAGAACGCGUCGUGACGCCAACAAUUGGGGAACCAAAGACUUUGCAGGUCUCGUCAACGAGCCACCGCUGCAUGAUAGUCUGCAGCUUCAUCGUGCGGCCAGACGCGUCUUCACGACGGCACUCGUUUUUGCUACCACGAUAGUUGUAUCUGACGCAAACGCGAGCGUUUGGAGUGUUCAUGAUUCUGUUCGUCCCUCCCGGAUUCGUAGUGAGCGCCCAAUGCUGGGCUCCCGCACAGGCGAAAAGAUCCCGCCUGUGGGUCCGGAAGCCAGUGGUCGGCGCAGUCAUGAUCAGACCGCCCAGUAUUCUACCACUGCUUCCUUCUUGCAGAAGUUUAAAGAUCUCCUAAAACCUCCAACCGCUGCGGCUCCAGUGCAAGCCAAGAAAAGAGAGCCACAGGAGGGCCAGAUCCAGCCACAUACCAAGCACGAGUCAGCGUCCGCUUUGAAGAUGGUGAAGAAGCAGCAGCGCGGUCAGAGAUUGGACAUGACGAAGCAAGAGGUCCAGAGCGGUGCAGGAGCCGAAAUCUCUACUAAAACCGACGCUGUCGUUGCAGCAGCAGCUGGUGCAAGUGCAAGAACUGCCUCAAAGAGCAAGAAAAUAAUGAGUAGUAGGAGUAGAAAAAGAAAGAAAGGCGCGCUUGCCCGAAAGCUGUUCGUCAUGAAUAUCAUGCGAAAAAGCAGUCUGAAGUCGAAGGAAAUCGCGUUCGACCUGAAAACGAACAAAGCAAAAGCUACCGCUUUGUCGUUGGCCGUUCAACGUGACCCCGUUACUGUCCUCCGCCCUGGCCAAACCCCACUCGUAGAGGCAAUCGAGGUCGAAGUGCCACUGGAUCCGGAUCUCUUCAACACGGAUCAAAGCGACGGCGAUAAAGAUAGCUACAGCACUUCUGGAAAGCCGCUCACUUACGGCAACCUCUGGGAUGACAACUAUGGUAAGAUUUUUUUUCUCAGUAUGCAAAGAAAUGUAAUCUCGAAGUAUUUUGAUUUGAUCGAGCGGUUGCUACCAUCGAAAAGGUACUUACACAACGAGGGCGAAGCGCCUGAACACAGCCGACAAUACCUGUAGUGCGCCAGGUGGAUCGGUCUCGGCCGACCACGAUGCUCAAAAAUGGGAAAUAUCUUUUAAGGACGACAGUAGUCGCUACGUUUCCUCGAUUCGGCUAUUCAAUGAAGAAGGGAAGGAGGCGGGUCUAAACGGAGCCACUAUGCUGAUCGAUAGCGAAAUCAGUGGUACUAACAUCGGCGAAAUUUCUUCUAUGCCGGCUCACGCGGGAACGAGCAUAUUCACUACCGGGGGUACUGUAGUAAAGAUUGGCCGCGUCCUGAACAAGAUCACACUGAAAAAGUACGGGAACGCCGCGGAUUAUCCUUUGAGCAUCUGCGGCAUAUUUUUGUUCGGAGUGAUGCGAAAGUACCCAGGGACCCAGCUGGUCGCCACGCAGAGCUGUAUGGAGGUGCCAGGUGGAAAACAAAGCGCCAGAGUGCUGAAAAGCUGCAAAUCUGCACAUGGAAAUGGAUCAUGCUGAUGUCCAUGCAUGAAUUGAAAACCACCGUAGAAAAGGAAAGGCAACUCGAAAUCUUUGCGGAAAGAUCAAAGCGGGCUCACGAUGACUCAGCUUGUCCUAUCGAGCAAAGUGCAGUUUGGAAGCUGCGUGAUCUUUUAUUCUUUCGUGCUAUUUCACGAGUACAUAAUUUCAUCGCACCUGAAACUCCCAUAAGCUCCACGUGGAACGAAGUUGAUUUCACAACGAGAAUCAACCAGAACUAUGCCGCGGACGCGGCGCUUGCGACCGUUCUUGGAAUGUACCCUUACCGUGUGUCGCAAACGAUGAACUCUGUUGCUGGUAGUGGGAAAAACUUCUGGCAGUUCCAGUUUGCUGACGGGGAAAAACACUACGUAGACCAAAUUCGUUUGCUGAAUCACCGGGAGAACCCAAUUCGCCUGAGCCAGCUGAGAGCUUACUUUGACAGCGAUGCGGAUGAGGAUCCGGCAAAUACCACGGGAACAACCUUCCAACUCGACGAUGGCGACACGCGGCACGUGCCGGCGGCAGCAAGUGACUCCACGGAUAUCGACACCUAUCCCUGGGGAACCAUGGUGAAGUAUCAGAAUGAAAAAGCUGCCCUCGUCCCGGUAGAAAUGAACGAGCGGAAAUCCGUAGACGCCAUCGCGCCGAUUGAAGCUAGUGCAAGCAUUGUUUCGAUCUCCUCACUUUCGUACAAUUUCAGUUUCAACAGGUCGCACACCAACACAAAAUAAAUGCGGCGCGUGCGCGGUCCGCCUUCUGUGGCCUUCCGUCAGUUUGGCAUGUGCAUCGCAAUUUUAAGAGGACGACUGACGACGUCGACAGGACCUCGGCAAUGGAGGCGGAGCUACGUGCGGAAGAAUUUCCAUGCUAACGUCGCUCCUUGUAUAGCAAGCUAGAAAAACUGCUGCUGAUCUCACGAAAACGAGCACUAGUCUCAUCGACGUAAGUCAUUUGCUGCCCCUCCGGUUGUCCUACAGAAACGACCGAAGUCCGGCGUCAUGUCAUGCCGAGCAGGUCAGUCACGCCAGAGGCCCACGACCCAGACUUAGGAUCUACAUGCGCUGUUCCCUUGUUAAGUAUAUGAGUCACGUCCUAGUAUGUAGUGAGGUCGUACACGUACUAAUCGUCGACUCCCUUGCGUGCACGAGCUCGAGCGCUCCUGAUACACGGAUUUCCCGUGGGGAUGGGGGAUAGGGAUUUUUCUUGAGGAGGAAAGCGGGGGCUGGCCGGUCGCUCGGCGCGCGGGCGCCUGGCCCCCGUGGCCCUUUCAAACUACAGCGACCGGGCAUGUGUAUUCGCAUUGGGGCGCGUAGUCUGGAUGGAUGUUGGGGCGCAGUGGUUUGCGAUUGUUUUCCGCCUUUCACAUUGAUGGGGCGGCGCGGCCGUGGGCGUGGGCGAUCGAUGGCGGCGCAAAAAGGAGAAAAUCGGGAAAACAAUUUUGCGCGGGAACCAGCGCGGUUGGGGGCGUGGAAACUUUUUGAGACAAAUAGAACGCGGGUGAGAGGGUGAAGGGACUUUUUGAAAAAAUUCCCGGCACCGCAACCCCUCUGUCGUCCAAAGUUCCCAAAAAUUUUUCAGAAGUCUUCAAAGCCUCCCGCGAGCUUGCCACCCACCCAUGCAACCCGGCAGGAACUGAACGGAAAACAUGAAGCGUGGCGGCGCGCGAAGUGCCGCCACCAAAUCGGCGCGUGCUCUUUCGGAGUUGAUAGGGCGUGCUCUUUCGGAGUUGAUCCCCGUUUAGCCUUCGCUACAUUUGCCGCGCCGCCCGCCCUCUUGUUGCUUGAGUCUGCAGAGAGACUGAUCCGCCGAUGCGCCUCCGUUUUGCGCUCGGAGUCCCGGCUUGCAGCGCAUCGGAGAAGGCGGAUGGCAGGCUUUCGCAGCCCAAUUUGACGCCUUGCGCCCAUCGAUGUCGCGCUGGGAUGUUGCGCGCGCGUGCCGCCAAUCUGGGCACCGUUGGCACUGCCGGGGAACUGUCGCGCGACGGUGCGCCAUCUAAAUGCCACAUUUAGACGGUAAAUGUGACAGUUAGACAGGCUCAAAAUGGUUCGUUUUGGUUUCGUUCUCCGUUCAUACUUGCGUGCACGAGCUCGAGCGCUCCUGGAGAUGGGGGAUAGGGAUUUUUCUUGAAACGAUGAAAAAUGCUUUCGCUUUCAAAAAUCAAAUUUUUCUUUGCCCACCUUAAGCGUGGGCCCAGACAGGGCCCAGUGUGGGCGCCGAAGCUGGGAGGCUUGUGUCGCUGGUUGGCGUCUACCUGCUUCACACAUCCUUCACGGAACAUCCCAAGCCCUACACGGAUUUCCCGUGGGGAUGGGGGAGAGGGAUUUUUCUUGUUGGUUUUUAUUUUAGUCGCAGAGACCUUCAGAGUCAGCGCCAACAUACAGUGGCGCCGCCAGCUCAUUUCGAGCCCCAUUUCGCUCGCAGAAGGUCGCAACUCGUGCGAAAGCGACCAUUCGCGCCGCAAAGCAUCUUCUGCGCGUCAUUCGCGAGGUUCUGCGCAUAUUCUGCGCUCCGUUGCCAGCAUUCUGCGCGCAGUUUGUCACUUCGUGACGAACUGCACACAGAGUGAGUGGGGGAACGGGUUCGCGAACACAUCGAAAAACAAUAGAAAGAACACCACACAAAACGAGUCAAAGAACGCCACACAAAACGAGUCAAAAAACAGCAUAGCGAAAAGACAGCGUUAGGCGCGGAUAAGCGCUUCCAACGAUGCCUGCUUUUUUGUGCUCAAAAAGCCACGUUUCUGCGAUCAAAAAAAAGCGCGGCAAAGUUCCAGCUCCAGUUCCCGUUCCUGUAGCUUUCUCUGUAUGAAAGCUCCAGCGCGCAGGAAUUGGAGCGCUCAAUUGCGGAACUCGAGCUGGAACGUUCAAAAAGAGAACGCUCCAGGUCAACACGAGCUGGAGCGUUCAAGAAAUGAAAGCUAUAGGAGCGGGAACUGGAACUUUGCCGACUUGAAAGUCGAGAAAGUUCCAGCUCUCGUUCCUGAGAGGAACAAAAAAGUGGGCGCCAAGGUAGUGCGCCAGCGUCUCCGCGGAGACGCGCGGGCACUACCUUGGCGGACAAUUUGCACCUUCAUCUCCAGUUGUUCUCUUCGGAAAUUCCGAGGCACAAAAAGUGCUUCUUUUGAAGUGCUUAUCCGCGCCUAACGCUGUCUUUUCGGCGUAUUGUUUUUUAUCAUGUUCGGGUGCACUUUUUUAUGGCAUUCGCCAUAGCGUUUUCUAUGGCAUUCGCCAUAGCGUUUCUUAUGGCAUUCGCCAUGCACUUUUUCAUAGCGUUUGCUAUGCCAUUUUUUAUUACAGUCCGACUGAGUCAACUUUGAAUGUUAAAGAAUGCUACCAAAAACACCAUUAACGAAAACACAAAGUCGCUCUUGCUUAUCCCCACCUAACGCUGUGAUUUCCUUAUUGUGUUUUCUGACCUGUUUUCUGACCCAUGUUGGUGACCCAGUUUAAACGAGUUAAAAAAGUGCACUUCUUUGCUGUAAAAAGUGCGCUUUUUUUGUUGUGCUUUUUGUUGCUUCCAAAAAAGGCAUUUCUUUGGUCUUCAUGAAGGGGUUUUGUUUUGGGUCCAAAAGGUUGCAGGCUUCAGGGCUCAGCAACCAAGGCGCCCACUUCGUUUGAAACGAAGGAGGCGCCUGGGUAGCGCAGUUAGAAAGCCCAUGGGCCACGCACUCCAGAUUCCUCACGCAUUGCAAAUUCCAUGAAGAAUGGAAUGCGCAAUGCGCAAGCCGGAAAUCGAGGUAUGGAGUUGUGUCGUAUGGAGCCUUGGCAAUUACAAACUCCAUCCCUCAACGUUCGCGACUUUUUCACAGAAAAAGUUGCAUGAGUUCCAGCUUCCGUGACAUCAGAAAAAAAUGCAGCGACAAAAAAAACACGACAAACAAACACGAUGGUGCUACGAAUUGCACAACCGAGUACGAUUGUAAAAAAAAACGAUGUUGGCCCAAGUCUUCUGGAAAAUGCUAACGGUUACUACGAUGACGCGACGACUAGUACGAUGAUACUACUCGACUUCAACGUGUAGAAAAAUCUGUAUCGAAGGUAUGAAGAAAACAACACAAAAGAAAAGCACACGCCUAAAAGCCAGAAUAAAGGAUUUGGUAAUGUGAAAACCCUUAUAACAGCUAUAGGCCGUGAUUAAAAAAAACCAACGAUGCGAGGGAUAAGCUUUACGAUUACCUACAGCUACGGGGUAGGCUGAGGGGUAACGGGUUUUUGAGGUUCCCCCAUCCCGUAGGGAUGGGAGAGAUGGAGGUAGGAAGCUUUGCGCGCGGGCUUGCCCGCGCGCAAAGCGCUCUUUGCGAGAUGCUCAUCCAUCGCAAACGCAGCGCGAAGGCUUUGCCGUUACCAUAUGGGAGGAGCUCGGGGGUAUGCAACCACUCGCAAAAUCGGGCAUUAUCAAGUGUGUUUUGCCUUCAGAAAGCGGGUCGGGCAGAAUUUCUGGGAAUUUUACCGAAAGCAGCCAAAACAGCAAUUACCAAGUGGGAAAAGGGUAAAAAAGAGCAUUUUUGCAGCUCCGCCCACUCUGAAUCUGAAAAAAGAUAGUGGCACUUUCGGCAAGGGCCGAUGGUGUGAUGCGUUUUAUAGCGGAAAACGCGUCACGUCCGGGCAGCUCCAGCCGCUUGGAAAUUGAAAAAAAGUGUUUAAAAAACGCAACUUUUCGCAGCAUGCAAGCGGGCGACAAAAUUUACCAAAUUCGUGCAUGACGCGAAAGCCGCUUCGUAAUUCAAAAUGACAUUUUUUUGUGAAAAAGCGGAAGCCGCUUGAAAAUUGCCGCUCAAGGGCGGUUUUUCAAAUUGUCACACGGCCCAUACCGUCGAGAUUGGACGAAAAAAAGCAGCCAUCAAGCCCGCGGAGGUGUGUCCACCCCCCACGGUUUUCGACGUCUCUGAGGGUCGCAAAUUGAAACCCUCCCCCCGCUUAGAAGUGCCCGAUUUGGGUGGCCCAAAAGGGCUGCCGGAAAUGAAGGAAAUGGUGCAACUUUUUGAAGUUUCUGCAUUUUACCUGGACAGCGUGCCGCCGUGCAUAACUUCAAUGCUUAUCGCAGGAGCCUGCGGGCCGCCGCGGGCGACAGUAGUUGUCCGCGGCCCUUUAGGGCCGCGGGGAAGUGGUGGAGCCCGCGGCGGCCCGCAGGCUCCUGCGAUAAGCUUUGAAUAGAAAUCCGGAAGCCCCCGAUGAGAUGACCCGAACAGGUCAGGGCCAGGGGCCAGCUUGAACAAGGUUGGCGCGCCUUAACGCUGGCUAGAUGUUCGCGCACGCUUUUGGUUACCAAUAUCGCCCUCCGGGCGCGACCUUAAUACACGGAUUUCCCGUGUGACCUGAAGGGCAAAGAGAACACCUGGAGCCAGAAUUAUCUGGGCUCCCGGGGUUCCGAAAUGGUCAUCGCUACGGACCCAACGUGUCCGCGCCUGGGCCCAAUGAAAACACGCCCGCUACGUGCCCAACCACCUUGGCCCAACACUUUAGCCGUUUGGGGGGCCGUCGCGCGGUCGCGUCUAUCUUCGUACUCGGUGGGCUCGCGCGCCAGCAUCGCCGCUGCCACGCGUUUGGCCGCGCAAUGUUUUCCAAAGCUUUUAUAGGGACCCCGGCCCCUUCUCCCUUUUUUUGGAACGAAACUUGCAAGCGCCCAACGUGGGGCGGACACAGUGCGGCAGCUCGAGGUAACUCAAAGGCCGCCCGUUGUUUCCAUCAGUACUGGUAACCAUUAACCUUUGCUGUUCCAAAGCGGCACUUUCUCCCAUAGCGGCUCGUCCCCAUUGACUUCCCUCGCAGAGUGUGGCGGAUAGGAUGGCGCCCAGCGUGGGCGCCGAAGCUGGGAGGCUUGUGUCGCUGGUUGGCGUCUACCUGCUUCACACAUCCUUCGCGGAACAUCUCAAGCACUACGCAACUUGCGCCAGCAAUCACCGCGACAAGCUCGCUGCGUGCUUUCGUCUUCCCAUUCGUCAUGAAGACAAUUCAUUUGCAAAAAAAGCAACUCCAAGGUUGGAGGAACCGGAGCCGCUUGUCUCCGCAAGCGUCCGGGCACUGGCCUGAGUCCCUGGCCGAAAUGGCGCCACAUUUAUGACACUUUCCUCGAUGCUAUGCUGUUCAAAAAUUGGUCUAGGUUUGCGAAAAUCACAGCUCAUCCGCCAAGCGGCGGCAUUUUGGUGACCUCUUUAUGAGGCUAACCACGGCGGCACGCUUUCAAUUUCCCGGGCUAGCUUUGCGAAAAUCAUGGGUAGGGGAGGGGGGUGCCGAAAAUGGAACAAAGCGAAGCCAUUUCGUGCUCAAAACGGGUGGCCCCUUUAUGAGCCUAAUCAGCACGGCACGGAGCCACUUUUCCGGUCUAGCUUUGCGAAAAUCAUGGGGGUCACAAAAGGGGUGGGGGAAAGCAGAACCAUAAGUCGGGCCGUUCGGCAGUGGUGCCUUUUGGGUACAUUUCGAGCCAGCGCCCAACGCCCUGUCUACCUAGAAAGGCAGCCAUCUGACUGGGCCCGCCGGCCAUUUCUUCUGGAGAAGGGUCUUUGCAGUCUCAGAGGCCCCGAAGAUCCCUUUGGAGCGGAAUCAGUCGCCCGUGGUGAGCUUUCGCUUUCUUAUGGUGUAGAUUGAAGCCCCUUACGUUGUGCAAUUUUCACGAAAGCUGCACGAGAUGAAGAAAACCAAUCUCUGCAAUUUGCACGAAAUCUACACGGAUUUCCCGUGGGGAUGGGGGAGAGGGAUUUUUCUUGGGGGGAUGGGGGAUGGGGAUGGGGGAUAGCGGCCUCUUUCCCUUGUCCCUUUCCUUGAGCCUUUCCUUCGGAUUUUGGUAGAUUUUCGGCAAAUUUUUGGGAGCUUUCAAACACGCAGAGUGAUACGCACUACACCUUUUUUUUGACACGCAAAGUGACACGCAGAGCGACACGCACACUGAUACGCACUCGCCAAACACGACCUGUUUCUCGUUUGUGGCGAGUGUGUACUGUCAAACCGCUCUGUAAAUUGACACGCAGUGAGUGCGUGUCAGUGCGUGUCACUUUUACAGAUCGGAGAGAGGUUUUGGAAAGUUUAUAGAAAUAUCCUUCACCGACGGUAUUGUGUGACUGGGCGUGUUCAUUUUUUUGCGCCUUUUCUUCCCGAAUUCGACUGCCUUUUUUGCGCCACAUUCUGCUUUUUUGAACAACAGAAAAUACGGCUUUUUUCUGUGCUUUGGCAGCUCCAAGUUGAAGAAAAAGGCCGCGCUGUAUGCUUUGCUGCAGAAAGUACUCAAGACCGGCGCCCCCGCCCUGCUGGCGGGGGUUGGCCGGCAUGGGAGAGAGCACGAAGCGCCCGGAAAAGGGGCUUGGCUCUGUGGGGUUUGAGAGCUUGGCUUGCGCGGCUUGCUACUUGUAGCUUGCUGUGCCGGCCGGGUUCUCUUCUUGCUCGCCAGUGUGACCGUCGCAGGUCGUCCCGCGACGAGGACUGCAGCGCGCGUCAGCACUGCCUUCGAUUAUCAUCGUUUCCGCGCGCUUUCGUCGUUUGGAUUUCCCGUGGGGAUGGGGGAGGGAUAUUUCUUGAGGAUGGAAGGAUAGAAGCAUCGUUUCGCAAAAUGAAGCCACUGGGCCUGCCAGAUGCUCGGGCGUCUUGGUCUGCCAGAUGCUCUCUGCUUCGGUAAAUCAAAACAAUUUAAUGUCUUGCGCGACCUUGUGGCGUGCUUGCAUUUUGUUGCUUUCGUAUUUGUGCGUGCAUGCGCCAAAGGCUUCGCAUUUUUUGAAGCAAAUGUGGGGCGAUCGUUUUGGAUUUGGUUUUUCGGCUCCGGUGAAUUUAGAAACGAAGGCAAAAUGGGUACCGGUUUGAUGAUGGUCUGGAAUCCAGAAUCAGCUCGGGGUGAAUUUAGGAAAUUGCCGAAAUUUACUAAAUUCACCGGCCUGCCGUUUCUAAAUUCACCACUAAAUUCACCGAUCGCAGCAUGCCAUCGGUAAGCGGGGUACUUUUAAGCCGCUUUUUGGCGCCAAACAGCACGGCGCUCCGCAUCGAUGAUUUUUAGGAAAAAAACCAUCCUCAUCAUACCAUGGGGAAUGAUGUUUAAAUGGAAGCUUUUCCCGAUGGCAGUGCCUUUUCUUUGCGAUUUUCGUUGUCCAAAAUUUGAACACGGAAGUUGAAGCGUUAACAAGGAAUGGAGAAGAUCAUGAAGAAGCCAAAAGGUCUACUUCGCGAAAAAAGACGCGGAGCAGUGUGCUAGGUUGGGCAAGGUUGCGAGGGGGAUUGCCUUCAAUGUGGGGGAGCCUUGGCGACGAGCACAAUGCCGCCGCUACCUCUAUUUGUGCUAGCCCUUGCCUCGCGAACCAUAACCCCCCGAAACGCCAGCCCCACGAUUCUACUCCCCUUCUAAAAUCACUAGAAAUUCACCGCCCCUAUAUCUAAUGGGCGUCCAAGCUGUAACUCCUGACGCACGGAUUUCCCGUGGGGAUGGGGGAGAGGGAUUUUUCUUGAGGAUGGAAGGAUAGAAGCAUCGUUUCGCAAAAUGAAGCUGGAGAAUACAGAUAAGGUGGACAGCGACUUCGUCGCUCUAGCCGGGAUAGAAGUGUACGAGGACACAAGCGUUGUGUAUCAAAGAAAGAUUGAAAUAAAUAAAGCCACGGCCUGCCGAGAUAUUGGGGUCUACUCAUGGUCAUGACACGUCGACGCUGACGCAGACGAGGGUCUCGCAUUUUUAUUUGCGUGCCAGCAACUCAAUAGGGACGCAACUCUAUGUAUGAUACCACCUCGUCCAGAGGGAGAUUUAAAAGGAGUUGCGUCGUGGCAUCGGUUGUACGUCAUCGCAACACAGCGCCCAGUUUCUUGAUGUCACUCGCAGUACUAUAGCUGUAGUCAGGUGGGCGUGCACGUGCACAAUUAAGCAUGGGCCAAACAACAGGAAGACGUCGGCUCUCUCUCGUCGAGCAUUAUGAAAUAUAGUGGUGUUGGCCAGCAUUUGCGGGCUUGCCUGUUGGUAUGUGUUUCCCUUCGGGAGGAUGCGUGGCUUUGAUUUUCCUCUCGACAUUGCAACCCCCACCACUACGGAAUUCGGAAAGAAAACCACCGACGAAACCACCACCAUGGAAGUCGAAGUGCCACUAUAUGGCCCCCUCGGUGGAGAUGUUACGUUCUCUACUGCUGGUACACUCGAGCCAACGUGGUGGACAUGCAGACGAACCUGUGUCCCCCUUAUUUUUCCAUUUUAUAUUUUCUUGCAGUUGCAAAAUCAAAAAAAAAGAAAUACAAAGUAGCUGGUAGUCGUGACGCAUUACAAGUACUGAAAUCUGUUCGAAAUUUAUCUGAUGCACCAAACGGCGAAGAGGAAGAAGCGUUUUUGAUUUUGGCUCUUGCUCGAUUUUCGUGAAAAAAAACUCACGUCGGCGAAACUACCGCUAGUCGCUGACGGCGCUGAGAACGUAACACUAACAGCUGCCUUGGCUAUACACUAGACGAGUUUCUUUUUGACACGGCACAGGGCACCACGGACCAGGGGAGUGUUGACUUCGACUCCUUCAGCGGCCCAGCCCAGGCAAUGAAGUAUGGAACUGCAUUUGCAAAGGAGGAAAGCGCGAAUUUUGACACUUUCCUGACUUCGACUACGCGAAAAAGCGAUGCUACGAACACGUGCAGCACACCUGGACCUGACACAGCUACAAGCUUCUAUUGGGAAGCGGCUUUCAAAAACUCAGCGAUACGCUAUGUGUCCUCGAUCCGGCUUUUUAACCACUACGAAAAGGAGACCGAUUUGAACGGCGCAGAGAUGGUCAUUGACAGCGACGCAACCGUAUGCAUUGCAAAAGUAUCGCAUUCGCACUCGUUUAAAAUGCAUUACAAAUAAUUUUUAUUUCCUCAGCAUUAGAAAUACAAGUGAAAUUUGUAUAUGCGGAUUUACUUUGAGAAAAAGUAGAAGACUUGUAGUGCAUGGCUGCAAUUACUACGAGUGCGAUACUUUUGCACAGGAUAAACCGGGGUUGACAUUGGGACUAUCUCUUCCAUACCGGCACACCCGGCUACCGGUCUAUUCGACACGGGUGGCACUGUGAUCAAGAUCAAGCGCAACCUGAACAAGAUUCGCAUUCGGAAGGACUCGCAGUUCACUAUCUGUGGCGUUUUCAUAUACGGCGUCAUGGAAGCAUACCACGGAGACGGCAUGCGCGCGGUCCAGAGCACCACCUAUCCCCAACGCUCCGAUGGAGCUUGGGACGUCGGCGGUUUGAAUGCGGAUAAGUACGUGCUCAAUCAGAAUGCCAGUGCUGUGGGGCCACUGGAAAUGCCUCUCGGAAGGUGGCCAUAUAGGCUGGCCCGAACUGGCGAGACUUCGUACACUGCGGGAGCAGCGUCCGCACUCGGAGACCAGUAUUGGCAGAUGAGAUUCGCCGACAACAAACCUCACUAUGUCGACCAAAUCCGGCUGGUGGCAGAAAAAUUUGGCCAAGUGGGCGGGCAGGAGGUCAGAUUUCCCGACCGUUUGAGCGUUUCACGUGCCUUCGUCGACGAUCCACCAUUUCACGCACGCAGUCUCACCAACGGAAACUUUACUCUGAAUGCCGACACUAAUUCGGAAGCAGAGGACAUGGACAAGUACAGCGCCACUAUCGUAGAAGAAAAAAGCCCCGGCGCCCUUAAUGUACGCCGACACUCGAACAAGGAAUUUUCGUGGCUAAAAUAGUUUGAUGCAAUAAAUCGUCGGAAUCCAGGAGGACCAAUCCAUAACAUAUUCGACAAAUACGAACUGCUUCGUAAUGAGUAGAAGAACUAUAUUAAUGCAUAGUAGACGGCUUAUGCUUAGUGUUAUCUCUAGGUUUCGUAUUCGUACAAGAAAAGUUCUGCGGACGCGUAUAAUAGGUAGUGGUGAGUUAAGCUCUGUUGAGCUUGAGCAGGUUCUUGAUCGUUGACCUUCUCAAAACUCCGCCUUAUUCCAUUUUGGUAUUCAAGGCAGCGUGGAGCGCGCGGGUCCGUGCAGCCAGUUGUAGUACGAGAAGCGGUAGUAUUGUUCGAGUAUCGGAAAGGGGGAUCCAUCGGGGUGUUUCCUCAGGACAGCGAACGGAGACAAGAACGUAUCAUAGCGAACAAAAGCUCCCUGCCCGGGUACCAGAGACACGAAACGCAGAUUUCGCUGUUAUUAAGUUUCCAAACAUAGACAAGCAGAACCAGAACCAGAAACAAAAAUUCUCAGGUUGCAAAAAAGGACGGCCGCGACAGUGAUUGCGCGACUGCAUUUUGUAUCGACAGGUGGAAAUCCCAUGGCCAUAUAUAAUGAUAUUGAUAAUGAAAUGAGAAAGGUAUGGGAAACCACCUUCGUAAAGAACUCGGUUCGAAAGCAUUAUAAAAGGCCGCGAACGUGGUCACUUCAGAGCUUCUACCGUGCAGGGAUGCUUUUUAAUUCGAUACGAUGUUGCCCCCUUUCCCUGGGGUACGCGGCUAAAAAUACAAAAAGAAAUGACGAAAUUCACAGUGCAGCGCAUUCCUAACGCCGAUCCGCUUGUCACUCUGGAUUCGGCAAGCGGGACCGAAACCGCUACAACGGCAGAUCUUUACUCCCUUUCCCUGGCUGGAAUCGACGUCUAUGCAAACACGGAAGUGAAGGCAUGCGGUGGCGACCUCCGUCUUCCGAUCAACGAGGAGCACGGCAAGGACGCUUCGGGCAGACAGAGCGAGUACGCCACUCGUUGGGUUUGCGACCAAAUGGAGCAGGAAGACACGGAUGGGGUCCUGCAGCCGUUCCGUGGUGUCCUGCUCUACGACCGAGUCCGCGGCCCCCCCGCCAACGACACCGGAAAUGGGCUAUCAAAAUGAAAAGUGCAGCUACGCGACUGAGCUCGCAAGUUCGAAAAGAUAUUCGCGACGUAGGCAAUAAAGAAGUUACAGCAGCCUAGAAAUACUUCGGGGAAGCCGCGUGUUUGACAUUCUUGCGGAGAAAUGUAGCUUCUUCGCAAAAACGCAAAUACAGAUGACAAAAACGGCGCACGAUCCGCGGCGGAGAUUCUGCAGAGAGCGGACCCCGCCCGGUAAGCGUAAUAUCGAUCCUACUUUGCAAAGCGUCAAAAUACUUUCGAUUGGAAUCUCCUCUGCCACUUGUCACUUUUUUGAGUCUGCGCCGCACUUUUCACUUUCAUGCGCCCCCGAGGUGAUCUACCCCGUCCCUUCAGCCGCGGAGCUAAACGUCCGCCACACCUUUGUGUAGCCACAGUAAAUUAAUCGCACACGACGACAACACUGCUCGAGUACAAUUGGCAAACUUGUACAACAUGUAUGACCAGAGCCAGACUCGGAAUGCCAAUGCGGUACAAGUGGAAAACUUGUACUUCUAUGACCAGACUAGGACUAGGAGGUGGAGGAGCAUAAGCAUCCAAAUCGAAAUCCAUAUUGUUCUUUUUUUGUACUACGUGAACGAGAUGAGCAAAAAAAUGCAGUCUCACAAAGAUGUUGUAUUUUCAAAGCCAUGUGCGGCAAAUUUAUGUUGCAUACUGGGAGUUGUAGGCAAAUAAGUCCGGCCGUGCAGGCUUGCACUGUGGGCACCGUCUGCGACGCCUGUCAAUCGGCAAACGAGCGAUGUCCGGAUAUUCUACUCAAAAACGUCCCCGCCCCACGCCCAUCAGAGGGACCCUGGUGGAAACAGUCCUCGGUCAUAUCCACGACUGCGCAGUGUGCUAUUUUUGUUUUAGCUCUUUUAUAAUUGCUAGUAUCAUCUUCAAUAUGUGCCUUAGGUCAGGGUGCAAAUGGCGAUCACUACAUACCAAUCUAUUAGCACUUCUAUUCUACAGAAGAGAGCAAAUUUGUAUUUGUCAACCUUCUUCUUGACAUUCACCGAGGCCAGCCCGAGUCGUAUACUUCUGCAGAAUGAUUUCAUUCUUGAUCUUGUCUAUUGACUACGAGAAUGGGGCGGAUGAAACGUUUUUUCGCAGGAUAGUGGACGGAUGGAUGGGCGCUGUGCACCUGGUCAGAGAUUGCCAGAAUGAGUUGAUUCCCACAACGACCACGACGCCGCCGACCCUCCUGCUCUAGAAGCAGUAAAGUGCAACAAAUCAAUCAAGCCUGCAGAAGCUGGUGAAACACAAGAAGAACGUGAAUACGCAACUUUUGAGCUGUCACACUGCAGACGCUCAUCCACCGAACUCCGACACGUAGAGAGCGGACGUAGGCGCAGGUGCAAUCCGGAGCUCUAUACCAGCAUGAUUACAAUUUCACCAUAUAAAACCUAAUGAGGGGCAGCCGAAGUAGCCUCAACAGCAACUACAGCUGCGCUGCGUGUAAGAUCAUAGUACUAGUACAGAAAUCGCGAAGCAAAAAACAGAUGAAUAUUUAUACGUCGGAAGAAGUAACGCUAUAAAAGUCAGACUCAGAGGCAUGAUGAUGCUGCCACAGAAAAAACACAAAGGCAAUAAAGUCAAAAGUCAAUACAAAUGAUGAUGGUAUUGUUUUCCUGUAACUGUAUACACAAUAGUAAGACUCAAAUGACAGUGAAGCGCAAGCUUUAUGCUGUUUGUUUUUCCAAGAUCAAGAUGUCAGCAUCAGAUGCGGCGUAAGUAUUUUUCUUCAACCAGAUAGCUGUGCUCGUCCUUCGAGAAUUGUACCUCGCCAAGCGAUGUAACGCCAGCGCGAUACUACGUUAAAGAGCGUCCCCAAGAUGAAUUCUGGCGAAUUAAAUCCUCUUGAUAUACUGCUGCGCCGCGGUCUUUCUGGCGAUGUAGAAAGCUUGGAAAUGAAUGAUACAAAUAUGGUGCAGUUGUGACGUUAUCUCGUCUGCAGCCAGAAAAAUGUUUCCAUGUACAAUCGGAUAUUGAUAAAUAUUCUUGAACUUUCGGACCCCCGCGCCCCCUUUGAAUCUUCUCAAAAAAAACGAAGGGCG